CAGCCUCAAAACUCAGAAAAUCCAGACCUGGGCCUUAAACCCCAAUUCCCUUCCAUUCAGUUUGUUCAAGAUUUCUCAGUCACAUUGAAGGCUUGAACUGAAUCUUCCUUUCAAAAAUGUCAAUCCUCCACACCUCUCUCACACACCAACACCAAUCCCUCUCCUUCUCCAAAUCCCUAACCUCCCCAACCCCUCUCUUCCUCUCCCUCUCCCUCUCCCUUAAACCCUUAACCCCAAAGCCCACAUUCAUCCGAAUGGGCGGCGGGCCCAGAACCUUCCCCGGCGGCGUAUCCAAGUGGCAGUGGAAGCGCAUGCAGGCCAAGAAAGCCAAGCAGCUCCUCAAGGCCCGCCUCUGCCGCGAGCGCCAAAUCUACGAGAUGCGAAAGCGGGCCGAGCUCAAGGCCGCCGUGUCGGAGCUCGAGCGCCCCUGGGAGGCCGUCGAGAAGCCUCCCAAUUUGUUCUCCGUCAGCGCCGAUGAGCAGGUUAAGGUCUUGGCCGAUAGGUUCCAGAGGCCGGGAGGGUUUGACCUUUGGACCGAGAGGGAUGGGCCGGAGCUGUUUCGGGCCAUGGAGGACCUGCCGUCGGCGAGGUUUUUCCCGAAGGGGGUUGUGCAUAGUGUGAGGCCGUAUAGGAGGAUUGGGGCUGAGGAGGAAGAUGAGGGUUUUGGAGGAGUCAAGAGGUUGGUUGAAUUGGGUGCAGAGAAGGGUUUGAAUUCGAAAAGUUCUAGGAUGUAUAAUGGUAAACUGAGGAGGAAGGGGAAGGGGAAUAGGGGAAAUGCUCAAGCUUCAAGUGAUGUUGAUAGGAAACAGAGAGGACAGAGUUCUGUAAUGCGCAGUGGCGAAAAUGGGAAUUAUAGGAGAAAUGGUGGAUUGAAGUUGAAUGGUUUGGAGGAUGAUAGGAGGUCUUCGAGUGGGUAUAAUUCGAGAGAAGGUGGUGUUGAUAGGAGACAGAGAGGACAGGGUCGCAUAAUCCGCAGUGGGGAAAAUACGUGUGAUAGAAGAAAAGGUGCAUUGAAAUCGAAAGGUUCAGAGUCUGAAGUUUUCGAUAUGAGGUUGCGACAAGAUGGGAGUUAUGAAUUUCAAUAGUUCAGUGGCGAGACAUGAAGUGUAUGAUCCUCUUAGAACUAGGAUAAUGGCAUGCUCAAUGAACAAUGAACAAUGCCAAGUGGAUGAUCCUGAGAACUCAGAAUGACAAUGAAGAGCCAAGCUUAGUAAUGCUCAGCUCAGAACAAUUAGCCACAUGACUCAGGAAAAGGUCAGGCAAAGAGCUAUCAUUCUCCCAAAUUGUAUGUAAAUAUUUAUAUUUUGUAGUUAUUAUAUGCUGAAAUAGUUGAAUGAAAAAUAUUAUUCCAAUCAAA